AUGCCACGUCCAACAACCCAUCAAAAAAAAGCAAAGAAGGCUUAUGAAGCAAAAGCGCAUAAGUAUAAUACCAAUGCCAAUAACUCUGAAGCAGAAAACUCUGAUAAUACUAACAAUAUUUCUGUUUAUGAUGAGGCGGUUGAGAAUGAUAAUGCUGCAAGCAUUAUAAAACAACUUCAAGCAGCAGUCAAACAAUAUGAUCAUUAUAGUAAUAACACUGAACUAGAAGAUGAUGAUAAUGACGGCAAUCUUUCUGCUUAUAAUGAGCCAAUUGAAAAUGAUAAUACUGAAAAUAUCGUAAAAAAACUUCAAGAUGCAGUAAAUAAAUAUUACCAGGAAUGUGAUUCUAGCCAACCUCGUAGACUUCACUAUCUAGGAAACUCGGUUCGCACCAAAAGAAGAAAAAGACAGCAACAGCGUGAAGCAGCAAAAGGAACCCCUCCACUGCAUACCUUUUGGAACCAAGAAAAAUCUCAUCAAGAAGCUGGUGAAGUAAAAUCAUAUGAUGAACAGUUGGAAGACGAAGGUCAAUUGGAGGAAGUUGAUGAGGAAGUCAAUGAGGAAGUCAAUGAGGAAGAUGCUGCGAGACUUUCAGAAGAUGAAAUUGAGAUCUGUAAUUGGCGUAAAAAAAUCCCAGCUGCUCUUGAAAAUUUAACGUUAGAUAUCAAAAAAGAAAAUGUAAACAGUGAAGUUUGGGAAAAUAAGUGGGAUAUUACACCACGUAUGAUCAUGUUACAAAUGAAUGAGGUCAUCUUACCAGGGCUCGGAUUUGCACCACCUCCAACCAUCUCCCUUAAUAUUGCCAAAAAUUAUUUAAAAGAGCUUGGGUACAUAUACGAAAGAGUACAAAAAGGUGUUUACGUAGAUGGACAUGAGAGAGAAGAUGUAGUAGCCUAUCAAAAUAUAUUUUUGAGACAAAUGAGACUUGGUCAACCAGGAUGCCAAGCUUUGUUUGUAUUUGACAAUGCAACAAGCCAUGUUACUUUUUCACCUGACGCACUUAUUGCUAACCGUAUGAACCUUAAUCCUGCUGAAAAACAAAAAAAAAUGCGCAAUACAUCUUAUUUUCAUGAAGGAAUAAAAUAUGACCAGGAUAUGGUUUUUCCAUCAGACUAUCAUAUUUCUAAAUUAUGUGGAGAAGCUAAAGGAUUAAGAGAAGUUUUAACGGAGAGAGGAUUGUGGCCAGAAGAGGGAUUAAAGUUAAAAGAAGCACGAGAAUUGAUGA